CGACCAAUCCAGCCACUAUAUUCAGCUCCGCCGCAGGCGACGGCGUCGCAGCCACCGCUCUCCGGUCAGUCCUCCACCACGUCCAGCUGGCAGCCGAGAAAUCCGGCCACCGAGCCGAGGAGAUCCGAGUGGUGGCGGUGAGCAAGACGAAGCCGGCUGCCGUCCUCCGGCAAGUUUACGACGCCGGCCACCGCUGCUUCGGCGAGAAUUACGUCUAGGAAAUCGUCAAGAAAGCUCCUCAGCUUCCAGAAGAUAUAGAGUGACAUUUCAUUGGGAAUUUGCAAAGCAAUAAAGUAAAGCCACUUUUAACUGCUGUGCCCAAUCUUGCAAUGGUGGAGAGUGUGGAUGAUGAGAAGAUUGCAAACCGUCUUAAUACGGUUGUUUCUAGCAUUGGGAGAAAGCCUUUGAAGGUCUUGCUCCAAGUGAUUACUAGUGGAGAAGAAUCAAAAUCUGGUGUUGAGCCCUCUGAAUGUGUUGAGCUUGUGAAGCAUGUGAGUUUGGAUUGUCCAAAUCUUGAACUUUGUGGUCUGAUGACCAUUGGUAUGUUGGAUUAUUCAUCUACACUAGAAAAAUUUAAGACAUUAGCGAACUGCAGAGCGGAGGUCUGCAAGGCACUUGGAAUUCCAGAAGAUAAAUGUGAGCUAUCAAUGGGCAUGUAUGCGGACUUUGAGCAAGCUAUUGAAAUGGAAGGACUCGGAGUCUUGGUGUAG